AUGAGCUGUGAAGAUGACUGGCUCAACACUUCUGAUGACGAAGAGAAGCACGGCGUGUUCGGUGGAGGGUCUUUAGAGCUCCAGAAACUUGAACGCACCCAUCGCAAUCGCGGAUACCGCGAUGGAAUCAGCUCGGCAAAGGAAGAGAACCUCCAAGAAGGCUUCGACAUGAAGUUUCCUGAGGGAUCGCGCCUUGGUUUCCAAGUUGGCGAGGUAAUUGGCAAACUGCAGACACUCGAUUCUUUAUUCGGAGCCCAGGAUUCAGAGCUACGAUCUGACUAUAAAGAAGCGUUGGCCCAGCUGCAGAUAUCACGAGUGCUGACUCAUGCUAAUUUCAGCGAGCAGAUGGAUGCCACAGAGGCUCUAUCCAGUCUUCUAGCAAGGUGGGAGGGGGCACUGGUUAAAUACACAAGCCGCUAUAUACCAAAUGUGUAA